UCAUGACGACAUCGUACAUGAGAGCCAAGGAAGUAUGGCGAUGAUGCGCGGUCGGUGUGCGAUCUUUUGUUGAUUUCGUUUAAAGGUGGAUGUGGAUAGUGUUUGCAGUGUCCAAGAGUUUGAUUAUAAUAUAAGUUAAGAGCACAAUUUUUUAGGACAAUGAGUUUUUUUAGCAAAGUAUUCGGUGGUAAAAAGGAAUCGCCCACUUUGUCGACGGCCGAGGCGAUACAAAAAUUACGCGAAACAGAAGAUAUGUUGAUUAAGAAACAAGAUUUCCUUGAAAGUAAAAUAGAUCUUGAAAUUCAGGUUGCCAAGAAAAAUGGAACGAAAAACAGGAGAGCUGCAAUUCAAGCUCUUAAAAGAAAGAAGCGAUACGAGAAACAAUUACAACAAAUUGAUGGCACAUUAUCUACAAUUGAAAUGCAAAGGGAAGCACUUGAAAGUGCAAAUACAAAUACUGCUGUGCUUACAACAAUGAAGAAUGCAGCAGAUGCAUUAAAAUCUGUUCAUCAACAUAUGGAUGUUGAUCAAGUGCACGAUAUGAUGGAUGAUAUAGCUGAACAACAAGAUGUAGCAAGAGAAAUUUCUGAUGCAAUAUCUAAUCCUGUAGCAUUUGGUCAAGAUAUAGACGAAGAAGAACUAGAGAAGGAACUGGAAGAACUUGAACAAGAACAACUUGACCAGGAAUUGCUUGGUAUCGAACCUACAGAUGAACUUCCAAAUGUUCCAGCUACUACACUUCCAGCUGCACCAGCCAGGACUCGUACAAAAGCCAAACCAGAAGAAGACGAUGAUUUGAAAGAAUUAGAAGCAUGGGCAUCAUAAAGUGGUAUCACAAUACUUCUAAAAUAAAUUUUAUUACACGCUGAUAGCUAAAAUUAAGUACACAUUGUGCAAGAACUCAAUAAUGUUACAUGAAUCGUUACUUUCAGGAAUUUAUAUUAUGUAAUUAUUUCAAAGUAAAUAUUGCAGUAUUUUUUCAUGUACAGUUUAAAACAUUGAUCAAAAUAAUAAUGAAGCUUUUAUAAAAAUGAGAUUGCUUUUUAUGCAUAAAGUAAAAACAUCUUUACUGACGUACAAAGAAGCUUCACAAAUAAUAGUAAGCAAGUGUUUUACUUGUAUAUAAGUUAGUCAAUAUAAUUAUAGUAAAAAUACAAAUUACGACAAACAGGUAUACAGGAUGUCUCAAAAAUAUUGUAACACCUUGAAAGAGGUGGUUCGGGGGGUGAUUUGAAACAACUUUUUCCUUACCGAAAAUGUUGUCAGAGAUUUCGUUGAAGAGAUAUUAACGGAAACCACUGACCAAUCAGAGCGCGAGGAUGCCGAUGGAGCGCUCGCGGUAGCGUAUGAGCGCGGCCGCUUAUCGCGUAGCCUACCCUCAACCGGCAUACUCGCGUUCUGAUUGGUCGGGGUUUUCGCUUAAUAUCUCCUUAACGAAACCUCGAACAACAUUUUCGCUAAGGAAAAAGUUGUUUCAAAUCACCUCCUGAACCACCCCUUUCAAGGUGUUACAACAUUUUUGGGACACCCUAUAUAAUUUACAGAUAAAACAUACUGGUAAAUAAUUAUAUAUCAAAUUUAUAUUUGCAAUGUAAAAAGUGAUAAGUCACAAAAUAUAUUGUUGCUUUUUGGACUUAAAUGUCAUUCUAAUGUAUAUAUGCAUAACAUAUUUUGGAAAGUAGCAUAUUGUUCAAACUGUUAAAUGACCACUUAAACCUUGUAUAAAUGUAUUUGCUAUAAAUAAAUUCAUUCAAAUGUA